AUGUCACGGAUGAUGUUCAAAGGAAGGCUGAAACGAACGUACAAGUUUCUCACUGAUGACCUCAAGGCGAUCGUCCUGGAAGGGUACAGCACCGUUAGUGAGGAAGCAGAAAAAGCUUUGACAGCUCUUCUCACUGGGAGUCAAAACUCUGAACUAUUCAAAAAUCGAAAAGGACCUCUGAACGCCUCCGUCGAUGCUCGUCGAUAUGUUUGGAACGAUUUCAUGGACAUCGGCUACAUUACGUUUUACGGUGAAGACUUCGCCGACUGUGGUGCAUUCAAAAUGCCCCUGAGAGGAUUCUUUGAGCAACCAACUGAUCAUUAUCGGCGAAUUUCUUGUCGCAUGGAAAAAUCAGGGCAACACAUAACUAAUAGACACUUAUGUAUCGGCAGUGAUCCCGAUCAGAAGACGCAUUUUGCAUAUUUUCAAAACUUUGUUACUUCUUACCUCAAUGAAAAAGACACUCGAGUCUUUGCGAUCUCACUUCAUUCGGUUCUGAGCACCGGCAGUAGAGAAAACGAUGAACUUGCGGAUGACGAUGCGGUUCAACUUUUGAUGUUACUCCUAAGAAAUGGCUGGCUAGAAAACAGUGUACUGAUGUUUAUGGCGACCGACCAUGGCCAAAGCAUGGCAGAGUACGGUCGAACCGAGCAGGGAACAGUUGACGAACAUCAGGCGUUUUUCGGCAUUUAUGUGCCAUCGAUAUUUAAGUCCAAGUAUCCAGAUGCUGUGCAAAAUCUUCUUCUGAACGUCCAUCGACUGACUACUCCUUUCGAUAUUUAUGCCACUUUGCGUCACAUGAUUAAUUUUACAACUCCUAAAUUCGGCGACCUGUCGCAAAAAGGAAUUUCACUGUUCGACGAAGUGCCCAAAGAAAGAUCUUGCGCUGAUGCAGGGAUUAAAGCUCAUUUUUGUCCCGCCGUCCGUUGGUCGAAUGUGCCUGUGGAUGACGCAGUUGUAAAGCGCGUUGCAGCGGCGAUUGUCAACAAGGUAAACGGACGCACUGCCAAAGAAAGAGCCCUUUGCGCAGAACUAAGUUUGUCAAGGAUAAUCAGGGCUUCAGAAGCUACAGUCAGAGUCAGAGAGGUAGCAACAAAAGUUGAGGAAAUGCCAGAUCCGAUCGGUACCGCCAGAGCGCUUGAUAAACUUUAUAAAGUGCACAUCGUGACAGAUCCAGGAGACGCUCGUUACGAGGCUUCCGUUGUGGUCAGAGACGUAAACAAAGUUCUGGUCGACCUCGACUCCGUAUCGCGCAUCAACCUAUACAAAGAUAUCCCGCACUGCCUCAUUGACCUCAUGGACGGAGACGUGUAUUUGGCGAAGUGAUUCCAUUUGCUGCAGCAGUUUCCUGCGGAGGUUGUGGUCUGGCAGGAGCUUUGCUACCUCGUCACCGGAUUAGUCGCGUCUGUGGCGGCAAAUUGUGGCUUGCCAGCGAUACAGCCGCUGUUAACGAAAAUCGUCGGGGGCCAGGAGGUCAUACCGUACAGCUGGCCAUGGCAGGUAGCCCUGUACCGCAAGCACUUUCAGGCGCAGCCAUUUCAAUUUUGCGGUGGCAGCCUGAUCAAUGACCGAUGGAUUUUGACGGCGGCACACUGCUUCUUUCGAGUUCAAUUCCCGUGGAAAUACAUGGUCGCGUUGGGAAUAUUUAACAAGUACAACUUCAGUGAACCCGGUGUCACCGUGCGUGACGUCGCCGAGAUACACGUCUUCCCGAAAUACGACCCAUACACCAUGGAAAAUGACAUCUGUCUGCUGAAAGUAAAGGGUUUUAAUGAAAUUUGA